UCGUCAAAUGUCAAACGCAGUGUAUAUUUCAGCGAUAAUAAGUAAACGGCACAUUUUCGUCGACUUGUUUCACGCGUUAUAAAUGUUUUUGUUAAACGUGAAUUAUGUAGCAAUAGUUUGUUAUUAGCACAGAUUUUCGUUAUUCUAUUCGCAGCACAUUUUUAAGUAGUGAAAAAUCAAAAAAAUGGAUUCAAAAUAUUCGAUAUUUUCAAAAAAUAAGACAAAUUUGUCUGACUCAAGUCCAUUCAGUCAGAACCUAAAACGUAAAUUUUCCUAUGGUUCGCCGAGCUCUGUACCACCAGCCGCAAAGAAACCAAAUUUACAGAAUGAUACAAAACCGUCGAAUGCAUCGCUCAAGCAAAACAUCAACCAAAAUGGAGCGUCAACAAAUAAAAGCGCCGUUGCUGAUAUUCAAAUGCAACGCAGACGAUUGCCCGUAUUUGCUGUUCGCGACCAGUUGUUGGGUUUUUUACGCAAAAACCAUACAUUGAUUGUGAUAGGAGAGACUGGAUCUGGCAAAACAACUCAAAUACCUCAAUUUUUAUUAGAAAUCGGACAAUCGGCCAUAGCGGUGACACAACCGAGAAGGGUAGCGGCAAUAUCAAUAUCAACACGUGUUGCCAAAGAAAUGAAAUGUAAACUAGGAGAAACGGUGGGAUACACCGUUCGUUUUGAGGAUAUGACAUCGAAAAAAACAAAGAUCCGAUUCUUGACCGAUGGUUCACUCUUGCGAGAAGCUAUGUCAGAUCGAUUACUGAUGCAGUACAGUACCAUAAUACUGGACGAAGCUCAUGAGCGCACGAUAAACACCGAUAUUUUAUUUGGUAUAGUCAAAGCUGCACAGAAACAGAGAGUAGCGCAAAAUAAACACCCCCUUAAGAUAAUUAUCAUGUCAGCCACGAUGGACGUUGAUCACUUCUCCAGUUAUUUUAACAAUUGUAAGACCGUAUACCUCGAAGGACGAACAUAUCCGAUCAAAAUUAUGCACGUGAAAGAGACACAAAGUGAUUACCUGUACGCAGUUAUGUCGACUCUGUUCAAAAUUCAUCAAGAAGCGCCUCCAAAUCAUGAUAUAUUGGUAUUUCUGACGGGUCAAGAGGAGAUUGAAAGUAUGGCACAUCAAAUUAAGUCAAUGACCAAGUCAAAUAGUCUGAAGGGGCCGAUACUACGUGUUUUUCCGCUGUAUGCACAAUUGGCUCAGAAUCGUCAAAUGGAUGUGUUCAUGCCAUCUGGACUGAACACACGUAAAAUCAUCCUGAGUACAAAUAUUGCCGAAACAUCGCUGACAAUUCCGGGUAUAAAAUAUGUCAUCGAUAGCGGUGCUGUGAAGCGUCGCGUGUACGAUUCAAAAACUGGUAUGGACACACUGAAAGUGCGAAAAAUUAGCCAGGAUCAGGCGUGGCAACGAUGCGGUCGCGCGGGUCGCGAAUCCGAAGGUUUUUGCUAUCGAACAUACACAUUCAAUGAAUAUAAACAAAUGCCAAUCACAACGACGCCGGAAAUUUUACGAAGUAACAUUGCUGCAACGGUUCUUCAACUAAUGUCACUCGGUAUUGACUGUAGAAAAUUUGACUUUAUUGAUUCGCCAGAUGCGCAGUCAAUUGAGUUGGCCUUAAAUCAACUCGUUGCCUUGGGAGCAGUGAGUAUCGGGAAGCAAACUGAACUAACUGAACUUGGUAGAAAAAUGGCAAAAUUCCCACUCGAUCCAAAAUACAGUAAAAUCUUGCUGAUGGCUCCACAAUUUGGAUGUUUGGAAGAGGUUCUCAGUAUUGUUGCCCUGUUAUCAGGUGAAGAUGUGUUCAUAAACAAUAUCCAUGAUACUGAUCGACGUGGUGAUGCCUUGGUUGCACAUGCAAAAUUUGAAAAUGAAUUUGGAGACCAUUUGACACUGUUGAAUGUAUUCAAGGCGUUCGCCAAGGCAGAACGACCGAAAAUAUGGAGUCACGACAAUUUUUUGAAUAUUCGCAACUUGGGCUAUGCACUCGAGGUACGGAAUCAGUUGAGCGAGAUUUGCAAGCGAGUCAAUUUAGAAUUUGAGAGCUGUGGCAAUAAAUUCGAUCAGGUUCGGAAGUGUCUACUUUCCGGUUUGUUCAUAAACAUUGCUGAGCUGCAGCGUGACAAUCAUUAUUUGACGCUAACGAAUCGACAACGUGCCAAAAUCCAUCCGUCAAGUGUGCUAAACGGUAAAUCCACGGCAAAGUACAUAUUAUUCACCGAAUUGGUAGCUACGGGCAAAACGUAUAUGCGAACCGUUACACAAAUUGAUCCCGAAUGGAUUGACGAAGUUGUGCCGAAUAUUCAACAACUUAAAAAACUAUUCAAAAUAUCCGACACAUCCUAACGCCAUAUUCGGAUUUCGGUUUUAUUUUUGAUUUCAAAAAUUUUAUGAUUUUUUUUUAAAUUUACAUACUUUUUUUCUGUUUAACAUAAUGCAAUCUUAACAAUAUGUGAUUACAAUCAACAUGAACGAAAUUCUACUCAGCUGAUAAAUACAUAUAUCAAACACGCGCGCUAUAUUUUUAUGAAUUUCUCUACAAAAAAUUAAAUGAUAUCAAAAAAUGUUUGAAAUAAACGGAGAUUUAAUCCAUAAA